AGCUAUAUCUGCGGUAUAUAUAUUGCGUCGAAAACCGCCUCAGGACAGUGUUGAGAUUUUGUUUGCUGAUCCACAAUCGGUGGGCAUCUUCCAGAGCCAGUACCCUUUGUGCCCAGAGAAUUCAAUUAGCUAUGAUGAGAGGAGCCGUUUUUUUUAGCUUUGCUCUGCUGUUCGCUUUUGCUGGAGCCGAGUACCAGCAGUACCUUCACCCAGGUCAAGCCAAUCGUGGUCGAGACUUCACGAUUGUGCCAAGCACUUGCCCGCCAUGUGAUUGCACCACCACAACCCCCAGACCUACAACCACUACUAGAGCUACCACCACUAGACCGGCAGUGACGACCACCCCGCCGUGCACUAAGCCACCAACCCACCCACCAAAGUUCUGUCCUGAUUGCGUGAACAACAGGUGCACACCAAACGCCUGUGACCUGUCUGUCCUGGUGCCCUUCCCCGGUGACUGCACCAAGUUCUGUCAGUGCGAGUACGGAGGUGCGAAGGAGUUCGAUUGCCCCGGCGGUCUGCACUUCAACGAGAUCCUCCAGAUUUGCGAUUGGCCCAACCAGGCUCAAUGCACCGUUUCCGGAACCUACCUCGGAGGAUGCGAGGGCAUCAGACCCUAGAUGAGGUUAUAUCACCAAAUAUAUAGAUCAAAAAGAAACUUAUAAUAUCGUAUUAACUUGUUGAAUAAAAUAUGUGAGUUGUUCUACUAA